AUGUGUCAUUAUAAAGGUGUGCACCCAAAGAUGGUUUAUGGGAAUGUACUAUUGCUGAUACAUGAUAGAGUAUGGUGGAUGGGAGCAACCAUUUCAAACUUUGUUGGUAUACUUAUUUAUCUCUAUCCAUCCUCUCCAUCCAUCCAUCAUCCAUCCUCUACCAUCCUCUAUCCAUCCCUCUAUCAUCCACCAUCCAACAUCCAUCCUCUAUCAUCCAUCCUCUAUCAUCCAUCCUCUCCAUCCAUCCUCUCCAUCCAUCCUCUCCAUCCAUCCUCUCCAUUCAUCCUCUCCAUUCAUCCUCUCCAUCCAUCCUAUAUCAUCCUUCCUCUAUCAUCCAUCCUCUCUAUCCAUCCCUCUACCAUCCAUCCUCUCCAUCCAUCCUCUCCAUCCAUCCUCUCCAUCCAUCCUCUCCAUUCAUCCUCUCCAUUCAUCCUCUCCAUCCAUCCUAUAUCAUCCUUCCUCUAUCAUCCAUCCUCUAUCAUCCAUCCUCCAUCCACCCUCUCCCAUCCAUCCUCUCCAUCCAUCCUCUACCAUCCACCCUCUCUCAUCCAUCCUCUAUCAUCCAUCCUCUACCAUCCAUCCUCUCCAUCCAUCCACUAUCAUCCACCCUCUCCCAUUCAUCCUCUAUCCACUAUCCACCCUCUACCAUCCUCUAUCCAUCCUCCAUGA